GUCCGUCCGUGCGCGAUUUACACCCGAAUCGUUACGCCAGCGGCGUAAAGUGUUUUUUGUACGGCGCGCGCGUUCGCGCCAUAUUACCGAUCGAGCGCCGACUUGAGGCGACUCGAGCCGAGCGCUCCGACUCCCGGCGACUGCGAUUAAACUCGCGCGUACGCAGUCAGUGUCGAGGGAGAUGGCACGUCGUUCGGCCGUGUUGUCGUGGAUCCUCGCGUUCGUCGGGAUCGCGAUCGUUGUUGCGUGACCGUGCGAGGGUUUUUUUUCUUCCCCUCUCGCUUUCGGCGAUAUAUAUAUAUAUAUAAAUAUAUAUAUAUAUACACCCAAAGCAGAGUGUGCCGUUCGCGUAAUGACAUAAUUGAGUGCGCGUCUUCGGUGCGUUCGUUCGGAGUGCGGAACGCGACUCGAUCGUGGAGGACGGAGUAACGUGUAGUAGUAGUAGUAGUAGUGGCUGUGAGUAAAACGUGAGUCCCCGGGACCGUGGCGUUGACACACACGUCUCGCCGGGUGCGUUCGAGAGAGACUCUCUCCGGUAAGAGAGUCAAGAGUGGUGCGGAGUAGUGGAGUGGCGCGUUUCGAAUCGUUCGUACGUCCUGAAUUAAGUCGCGACGCAGUUCGGUCGCGCGCGGUUGUCGCGGCAUCGCGCGCGUGGGAAAUUCUCGCUCGUCGAUUUUACGUCGCGUCGCUUCGCUUCGCUUCGCGGCGGGGGCCGCAAACGGGUGGCCGGCAACUACGGGCCGUCACCUUGAGUCGCGCUCGAGCGAGAGACCUUGCGCGCGUACGUAGGCUCUCUCUCUCUCUCUCUCUCUCUCUCUCUCUUUCUCUCUCUCUUUCUCUCGUCCGCUCGUUUCAUUCGAAGACGUAAUUCCCCGCCGAUAAACAAGCGGCUCGCCUACGCGCGUCGGGCCGCCGGCUAUGAGAGUUUCGAGUGAAGUUAGCGGCAGUCGCGACCUUGCUCGACGCCACUGUCGUCGCUGCCACCGCCGUUGCCGCCGUCUCGCGCACGAUCAUGCUACGUAACGACUCGCGACGUGUGCAACGCUCGCUCGCGCGGCAAAAGCAAUCGGCGUGGAACGUCACCGUGCCGCGGGACGGGGACUUCUGAAAGGAGGAAAGAGGGAGAAAGAGAGAAAGUAAAGCGGAGCACAAAGCGGAGAAAAAACCGGCCGGCUGGGGCCGGCACUCGGUGACGGUGACGUUUCGAAUUCUGAUCGCGUUCGCGUGCGACAUGUCACGAGCCGCGACAUUUUGACGAGCGUGCAUCUAAUCCUCAGGAAAGGAGCAAGAGGAGACGGCGGAGAAGGAAGACGGAGUCAACUGUGGAAGGGUAGCAGCGAGGAGCGAGCGGGGAGCCCAACGACCGAUAUCGUCGCCGCGCCGGUUCUCGCGGGAGAAAACACAUCGCCGGCGCGUCCCGCGCCAUGCCCGGCGAUCCCCGCCGCGUCAAGGAGGUUAGACGGCCAUUGACCGGCGGCGAGCAACGACGGCGUGUACUACGCGCGCCAAACACGCGCCGGUUUGGAGUACGACGCGCGACGUAGGAGUUUCGUCCCUCCCGGAGUAUCCCAUGUUCGUGUCCGAGCCGCGCGAUUCGUUCGUCUCGCGAACAAUCUGGCGCGAUUGACAUAUAUUAUGUCGUGCUACGGGUGCCGCGCGGAGAGACGCAAGGGUACGUGGAACAACGGCAUCGGCGAGAGCGCGACCACCCGAGGACCAGGAGGUUCGCCGUCAUUGUCGAGCGCGUGAGGAAUCGUGACCCGGCUCGCGGAGGAUGCGGCAGUACCCGCCGCCGGUGUCCCCACGUAGGCGAGCUACGUGCCACGUCGUGCCAGUGAUGUCGUGGGUGUCGUCAGGGUCAUCCGCCGCGCUGCUGGACCUGGACCAUGGCCGGCAAGCCUGAGCAGCCGUCCACGCUCCCUGCUCCCCCGAGUCACGGCCAUCAGCAUCAGCAGCAGCAUCAUCAUCAUCAGCAGCAAGUGCAGCAGCAACAGACGCAGCCACCGCAACAGCAGCAGCAUCAACAGCAACAGCAGCCCCAAGCUAUACAGCAGAACAGCGUUCUGGUGUACGUAUCGGGGGAGAACUUUGCGUACGCCACGGCGGUGGGUCAGAAUGUCGCCGCGACCGCUGCUGCCGCUAUCGCGGUCGGUUAUCAGUCGCAGCCGCAGCAGCAGCAGCAGCAGCAAACGACGACGCAGUACGCCGGUAUCUUGCAGGCUCCGCAGGUGGCGACGGCGCAGGCGGUUACGACUACCUUUCCCGCCAAAACCGCCGUAUAUUGCGCCGACGAUAGCAGCGGCGGGGUCAACGUAGGGAACAACGCCACCACCACCACCCCCGCGAUCGGCUGUUGCCGUCUGAAGCCAUCGCUCGAAACAACGACCACGACGACGACGACGGCAGCGGUGGUGAACAGCGAUACGGAUGACAGCGAGUCCAGGCAUGCACCUUCUCUGGCGAACAAUGAGGACGAGGAGGAUUACGCGAUGCUGUAUCGACAGGCCAACCUGGGGCAUUCGACGACAGUGUGCGCCACGACGACGACGACGACGGCAAUGAUGACGCGCGUCGCGGCAUCGCGCGAGAACAAGCGACCGUCGGAGAACGGAGAACGCACGACGGCGAACGGCCUCGGUAGCAACGGCAAUGAUCCGAUGGUGGCCGGCACGAAGACGUAUCAGACCGCACGGCUUCAGCACGGCGGUGACGCGUACUCCGCAAGGAUAGGCAGUGAAUACACUGCGGCGAACAAUAAUAGAAUCGUCGUGCGACCGAAUCCGAGCGAUGUCGGUCUUCUCAGUGGUGACGACGACUGUGUCGCGUACGGUACAUCGACGUCCGUCGGUGAUAGUAACGGUAUCGCGCUUCAGAACGUCGCCGGUGAGCAACAGGCGGCAACGAGCGCGGAUGACAAGAGCCGGCAGCAAGACAGUUUCGAUAAUCAGCAGGCUGCCUCUUCGGCGUCGACGGUGGUGAGUGUUGGUAGUGACGGUAGUGUUGGUGUCGGUAGUGGUGUUGCGACCGGCGGCUGCGAUUCGGUGAGGUCUGACGAGUCAUCGACGACGACCUACAGCAGCCUCAGUAGCCCUGACGAGAGUCAGAGUCAUCAGCCGGGACAGCACGACGGUGGCAUGCUGGCAAGUAAUAAUCAUCCCGGCGGUGGUAGUGCGUGCGCGCAGCAGGCUGCGCGGCAGCAGCCGUCGUCGCGUGUCAAUGGUAGUAACAAUAAUGGUGUACAGCAUAACGCAGUGGUGUUGACAAUGAACGGCAGUGCAGUGAUUACGCAGCAGCAGCAGCAACAACAACACCAACAACAGCAGCAGCAACAACUGUCGGCGAUCACCGUGCCACGUGGAUGGAAAAGGAUAUGCACCAACGGGGUCAUCAUUUAUAUCAGUCCAAGCAGUACGGCGCUGGGUUCGCUGGACCAACUGAAGGAAUAUCUGACGACAGUGGGAACCUGCAAAUGCGGCCUCGAGUGUCCGCUCAGACCCGAACAGGUCUUCAACUUCGACCCCAAGGUUGCGACGCGACCUUGGAGCCCGGAUCAGGGCAAGACGCGGGAGAUGACCAAGCUCUGCAACCAUAAGAGGAAACUUCUGCUGCCGGCCGCGGCCGCCAGUCCUGUUGCGUCCUGUACGCCGGCGGUCUCGUCGUCGACUUUAUCUUCUGGCCCGACAACGGCCUCGAUUCACGCGAACGCCGACUCGCCCACGUCGCCGGAUAAAGCCAGAAAAGAUGGUCUCAGCAAGAAGAAGAAGAGGAAACUAGGAGGCAUAGGCGGCAUUUAUUCCGGCGUCUCGGUUUCGCAACUUCUGGCACAACGGGAGAGAGCUAUUGCCGCGGUUGCGGCAUCUGGAGUUCAAGGUUCACCGGUGCCUAAUGGAUCGCAGGUAUGGCCAAUCGCGAUUCCAAAUCUGCAAGUCCAACAGAACGGACAACAAAUCUGUCAUCAGUCUUUAAGUUCGCCUUCCCAGAAUGACGUGAGCAGUUGUGCGAGAAAUCCUCCUCAGCAGAGGCUAAAUCAACAUAAUAUGUCGGGCAUGCUGAUGAGCAACCCAUUGAUUAUGAAUCAGCAGGGUACAAAUUUCAAUAAUAUGACUCAACAGCAGCAGCAGCUUUUACAACAACAGCAACAUCAACAACUUAUCCUACAACAGCAACAACAGCAGCAGCAGCAGCAACAACAACAGCUUAUUCAGCAGCAUAUAUCGCAGCAACAGCAACAAACACAGCAAUUGAUACCGCAUCAGCAGCAACUGCAACACAUGCAAAUUUUACAACAAGAACAACAACAACAGCAGCAGCAGAAUACUGUGGUAAAUCAAUUAGCGCAACAGCAGGCUCCUCAUUAUAUCAAUCAGCUCAAUCAGCAGUCAUUACAUGUAAUGCAACAACAGCAGCAGCAUUUGAAUCAACAGCAGCAGCAACAACAACAACAACAGAUACAUUUGCAGCAGAUUCAAAAACACAAUAUGCAACAGCAGCAGCAACAUUUAACUCAGGAAGUGGAUCAACAACAGUCGACAAAUUACAAUAGUCAACAUCCUGUGGAAAAUUACGUGCAUCACAUGCAAUCGUCGCAAGUGUCGAAUCAAACCCUUCAUCCGCAAUUGCAUCAACUUCAUCAGCAUCAGAUACAACCACAACAGUCGCAGCAGAAUCAACACGCUAUGCAAUCUCAGUCGACGGAUCACUUCCAGAUGCAAAUUCAGCAGCAAUUACAACAACAGCAGCAGCAGCAACAACAACAGCAACAACAGCAGCAUCAGCAGCAAAUGUCGCAAGUGUGCAUCCAGCCACAAUAUUCGAACCAACAAUUGAAUCAUCACUCCGUAGAUAUUAUGCAGCAGCAAACUGGUUCUGCCGUCAUGACCAAUGUCAAUGCCAUUGACAUUCAGAAUAGGCACAACCGAGCAUCAUCAGUUGACGAAGAUCUGAACGCGAAACAGUUACAACAGCAGCAACAACAACAACAGCAGCAGCAGCAGCAACAACUUUUAUUACAUAAUCAUUCGAUGCAGCGACAUCACGUAGUUCAAAAUGGUGGUUUACCGAAUAAUCCUCAUGAGAAUGUUCAACGGAUGUACGCUCAGAAUCAAGUACAAUAUCCGGCAAGAAAUUUCGAUUCUUCGAAGGGAACGAAUACAGAUGCCAAGAUGGGACAUCAACAGCAGUUUCUGUCCAAUCAUACGGGACGAAGCCCGAACGCCAGUCACACUGUCGAGGUACAGCAGUCUGGUAUGGGACCAAACGGGCAACCCGGCAAUAUGCAUUUCAACAACAGAACACCGCCAUGGCAACAAAAUCGCGCCGCGGUUGCAUCCCAUCAACCAUCCGUCGUCACGGUUCAGAAUGUUACCUGCAAUUCGUUUGACCGUGUACCACCACUUCAUCAUCACAUUCCACAGCCUUCCAAUUGGACGGACGAGGCCGCACGGAAAAAGGCAAAGUCGAAUAAGAUGAUAGUGAAGAAACAGAGACCGCAUGGAGUCACUGAGAUGUCGAGAACAAACAAUAGUCUAGAACAUUCGACACCAAGUCCAGUAGAUGAAUUCAGCGAGAACAAUCAGCAAAAUAAUGGUCAGGUAGGCUCGACGUUCAACAGCAGCGGUCCUUCGUUCCUAGAGGAUCCCAGUGGAUACCUCGCUCAGCAAACGGCGUUGUUAAACAGCACGAUAUCAAGACAGACUGGUGUCAGUAGUUCUCAAGUGGGCAUGUUGAACAAUAAUUCGAAAGCAAUGUCUCAGACCAGUCACGGUAUGCAUAUGCCUAACACCUAUAUUCCUCAACCAAAGCCUUCCUCUAUCGCCAGUCCCACGAGUACCUCGUCAUUUACUUCCGUAAAAAAUCACGCAACCUCACCGGUUGUUGUACACAGCAGUAUGACGCCGACAUCAAGCAGUGGCACGGAUUCUGAGAGCAGUCCAUGUCAAGGCUGUGUCACUAGCGCCGAUACACAAUCCUAUAUUCAGGAUCAGUAUAAGCAGCAAAUGCCGCGACAGUACCUGAUGCAUACGGAUCAGCGCGAAGAUCCUGUUACGUCGUCGACGUUCGGCGAGCGAUAUCAAACAAAUAAUCAAUCACAAGCUGAUUCUAGACCGAUACAAGGCGGUACUGUGAGCACCAGUCAUGGAUCUCCUAUCGGCACGAAUAGUCCAGCUAAUUCGGACACACCAGCAGCCUCGACGCCUGGAAUUUCGCAACCGGCAACCCCGCAGAGUCUCAUCUCAUCGCAACCGGCGACGCCACACAGUUAUUCGCAACCGCCGACACCUCAUUCGCAUGUCUCGGGCCAAAUGCCAUCGCAGACAUUAACUCCACAAGCGCAACAGCAGCUAUCACAAUCCUUGAUCGGUGGCAGUAUUCAAGAACAAAGAUCGGAGACUCCUAGUUCGGGUACGAUGAGUUCCAGCGGUAUCCCACCUAGCACGUCGCCAUCACAGAUGUCCUCCUCUGCAUCGGAUAAUUUAACAUCACAAGUGAAACGGCAAAUAACCAGGCAAAAUUCUCUAGACGGCUAUCAACCUCACCCACACACCGUCAAUGCUGUCUCUAGGAUACCUAUGAAUACUUUCGGCGGAACAUCGUCCGUGAUAACAACUAUGGCAAGCGGCCAUACAGUUAGCAGUAAUACGAUUACGUCUGUGUUAGCUGGAAGGGCGAACACGGCCACCGUUUCCAUAAACACACCAUCUGCAAUAUCGAAUCCUGCUAUAUCCAGUCUUCUGCCGAAUAAGCCACAGAAUCAGGUACAAUCUGCAACGUUGACAAAUGUGCCGGGUACUCCAGUUACGACGCACUCCUCUAUUCCACUCAGUCAAUCUUCGACGAUGAGCGUGUCUAAAUCACCGCUUGAAAUGGUUCAGAGCGUUGUUAGUAGCAUACAAGUACCUCAGACGAGCACUAACUCGUCAUUGCAGCCACAGACGCAGCAACAACAGCAGCAUCAACAGCAGCAGCAGCAGCAGCAGCAGCAUCAGCAGCAGCAACAGCAGCAGCAUCAGCAGCAGCAGCAGCAGCAGCAGCAGCAGCAUCAUCAUCAUCAUCAUCAACCACAACAACAUCCUCAAGCUAACGUUCAAGUUCAUAACGUUCUCACCUCGGGCGGUAUAUUGAAACAUUCUGCUGGAUCGACUCUACCACCUGGUCAUAUAUUGGUAUCCAGCGGCGGUCAACUCAUAAUGGCGAGUACUGGAUCGGCUAUCAAUGGCGUGAUGGCGCCUCCUCCGCCGAAAAUAAUUUCUAACGCCAAUUCUAUGCCACCGCUAUCGGUGUCGCCGAUGGUUACCAGCGUGACCGGAGCUGUCAGCCAAGUAAUACCCGCGGUGGGCGUAGCUCAGCAAGUGAUAGGGCAACCUACGGUGCUCGUGAAUACUAUUCAAACUCCAGUGUUAAUUCAACCUAGCGUAAUGACGAUGGACAGCUUAAGUCAGAACGUGCAGAUACCACAUCUAACGGUCGCCACCGGUAACGUCAUACAAAACACCCAGUCGAUCAUUGACGCAAAUCAAGACGUGUCCAGGACGGUCGGUGCCAAUCAAGGCAUGACGAUGAAUCGACAAGCGACGUUAUUGUCGCCAGAGUCGGCGAUGACCAAGAAAAAGGCGUACAAGAAACGAAAAGCGAAUCCACAAACCGUGGCGUCAAUGCUACAUAUCGCCUCGUCUCAGCAGAACGCUGGUAUGUUGAUGCAGUCGCAAUCAAAUUUCGCGCAACAAAACUUUCAGACUCAGAGUAUAGGCGGGCCCAUGCUCCAAGCGCUAACUAUUGUGCCUGGUAAAGGCGGGGCACCGGCGCAGCUCGUGAUGAACGGUCAGACCGGCGCAGCGUCCGCGCAAUUUAACACUCAGCAAAUAAUCACGAAUCCUCAACCAGCUCAGCAGAUAAAUCUUCUUCAACCGGUGAAUUUGUUAAAUGGCACGACUGGGAUGGUUCAGAAUUUUCCCACCAUUCAACAGUUUAUUGUGCCCGGUUUGGGUAGCAUGGUGAUGUCUGCGGACGGAACAGCCACGUUAUUACAAGAUACGGGUAACAUCGGAAUGCAACUCCAGAUACAGAAUGUCAAUGGUCAGAACGUGUUGACGCCGGUACAAAGCCACGGCGGCAUAUUUAAUCCGAGUCAAAGUAUAUUGGCCGCCGGUCCAGCCGGCAUGGUCAUACGAGCGCCGCAAGCGACUGGCGGAAAGAUAAUUCAACAGCAUAGCCCAGGAGCGCAGUUUCUUUCGCCGAAUAGCGGCCAGUUCCUAGUGAAUGGUACUACAUCCUUCGGGAAUCAACUGAGCCCGAUAGUGGCGAAUGUCAGUCCGAAUCAGCAAGUAACAUUUAACACCUCGCAAGUGAGACCGCCAAACAUGCAAGGUCAGCAAGAGUUCAUACAGAUGAAUGGGCAAACGCUUAUGGUACCUUGCGCGACUGCACAAAAUAUCGCUGUCUCCUCGGCGUCGAAUCAACAAAAUACAACCUUUGUGCAACAAAACACGACAAUCGUACAGCAGCAGACGACCAUGGUCUCGAAUAAUCAGAUACCAAAUUUUCAAAACGCAGCUUCUAACGGCGGACAAACUGUCGAUCCUUCUUUAAAUCUCGAUAAUCAGUCGUAUAUCCUGAGUUCCGGUAUGAUCCAGGGUAAAGCGGCGUCAUCUUCUCCAAAGAGCGGCGUAAAUUCGCCGUCGUCCGAUCAAAAUGUCGAACAGCAGCAAUACGUGCUUGCUAGUAGUAGCACGACCGUUGUGGAAAAAACGGCUCAACAAAACGAACAGCACAGCCCAUUGAUGGCGAGGCAUUCUGUAUCGACGCAAACUGCAGGAAAUCAAACGAACGUGGCGCAAUCGACGAUGAUGCGGCAAGGAUCUCCUCCCGACACGACCACCCAUAGCCCAGGAAACAGUCAGAGGUCCAACAGCCCGGCCGUGGAUACUACUACACACGGUGCAGCUUCGCCAGCGCCUCCAAUCACCGCCAGACAUCAUUCAUCGUCCACGCCUAUGGUUCAUUGCGUGUCGAGCAGCGAGCCGGACUCAGGCGACGCGCAGGUGGCGUCAGAGGAUUGGAGAAUGCAGGGUAUCGCUACCAAGGAGAUCACGUUAAACCAACCGAGUCUGCACGGAAAGACCUACGUAGAGUCGACAGUGACAACUGGGAUCCAGAUCUAUACGUCAGAGACAUUGAAGCAAGCCGAAGGUGUGGUGAGCACGGUGAGGUGCGAGGGCAGGGAACAUGCCCUCGGCCGCGGAAUCAAGCGAAAGCUGGACUCCAUCCAUUCCAUGCAUUCUACUCUGCAUGAAGACCAAGAUGUAGCAGAGACAAAGGACGUAGACGACGGAAACCAAUGGAAACUGAUGGUCGGUGAUCUAGUGUGGGGCGCAGCAAGAGGAAGUCCGGCCUGGCCGGGGAAAGUCGAGUCUUUGGGCCCCCCGGGUACUAUGACAGUUUGGGUUCGGUGGUACGGGGGCGGGGGCGGUCGCACCCAAGUCGAUGUCAAGACACUCAAGUCCCUCUCCGAAGGCCUCGAGGCGCAUCAUCGCGCCCGUAAAAAGUUUAGGAAAAGUCGUAAAUUGAAUAUGCAAUUGGAAAACGCGAUACAAGAGGCGAUGGCGGAACUGGACAAGAUGACGGAAGCCUCCAGCGACCAGAAAGAUACCAAAAAGUCGCCCAAGGUGACAUCACUGCCGGCAACCAGCUCGAAGGGUGUCAAUGGCGCCGGCAGAUCGGAGGCCAAGAGAUCAUCGAAGAGGGCCGUGGCCACUGUGGACCAUGCCAAAACCGAACAGAAACAAUGUCGGUGAUCCGUGCCGAUCGCGGUUGUUUAGCCAACAUCCGUAAUCGGCGACUCUAGCCUGUCGUAAAUAUCGCGAAGUAUCGAUGAUCUUCGCGCAGAGAUGUAAUUUAGUCAACUCUUUCAGUUUAAUAAAUUAUUAGUAACAAAUCUACACACGAAUUACACGUCCCAUAAAACCGAUACAUUUCCGUUCGCUUCAAUCGGCAACUAUCAUAAUCGCGACCGUAAUAUAGCGAUUGCAAAUGCGGGCACAAUUUAGUGCAGCUGUGAUUCGUGAAUUCUAUUACAUGUAACGAAUCUAACGCGACAGACAAAGUCGAGUCUAUUGAUGCAGAAAUACGUGAUGAUGCUACGAUGCUAUGUUAAUACGAUACGAACAAUAUAAAAGCGUCGCUUUGGGAAUCAUAUGAAGCACUAUGCAUAUACUAACAAUAAAUCUCGGUGAUCGCUGUGAUCUGCUGCAUCCGAAUAGUCGGAUUUCCCCUGAAAUUACGAGGGUUUUAUCUUCGAGCAAAAUAUUGUACAGUUUUACUCCUACAUGUUAAAAUUGUUUCUCAUAGCUUAACCGAUACGCUUUGGGACGUUCUGGCAAUGGAGCGUCUCUGAUAAAUAAUCAAAAAGCUCGUCUAUGAUUAAUAAUUUAUUAAAUUGAAAAAAAGUACUUUCGAUUUCUUGGAUACAGAAAUCGACGACCACGGGGAACGUGGCGUUAAACGUAAGAGCUGUAUUGCGAUACUGGCCAUACUGGCAAACAAGUUUUCUUUUCUGUAAAUUUAUCGACACACAGCCUAAACAACCGUAGCAUCUGUUGCAACAUCUUUAGCGUAUUCCGUUUUGUAACAGACAACAUCCGUUUUUAAUAGAGAAACGGUCAGGCAUGUAAAAUUGCAGUUGCAAAUAAUCAAUAGCGACGUACAGGAAAUAUAUCGUACUACGGCCGAUUCACCAAAAAUAGGCCUACAGCAUGCAUUCUUAGAUUAUUUAUAAUACACAUGUAUGUAACCGCAGAAAGUAAGUAGAAAGGCAAUAGUUUCUCACGGACGUUUUUGAAUUGGUAGAGAAGGAGAUUACCCCUAUCACACAGACGGAUAAUUUGUCAUACGAUUUAUUUUAUUCGACGAACGCUCGUCUAUUGAUUCCUUUAACGAGAUGAUACAAAGAAUGGCGUUUUGAAACGCAAACUUUUUAUGAUAAUAUGCAUAUUGAACGAUCUCUCCCGGUUAUACUACGCGCGGUUUUUACAAUUUACACGUGCGAUUGGGAGGCAUGAAUGUUUCCUGAAAAUGUGUACUCGCCUACGUAUUUCGGGCGAUCGUAAGCAAAACGUGUAUAGUUUUAAAAAGAUAUUUUUGCGAAUGAACCUUCAUUACACUAUCCGUAGAGAAUAAUGCAUUUUUUUAGAAAGCUAUACACAGUGUAUGGAUCAUUGUUUUACUGUGACGAUGUCGUGUUACAGGCUCGUUGAACCAUUUUAAACUUACCCGCGUCCGCAGGGCGCUUUUGAUCUGCGCGAUCAUUUUUUUUUUUUUUAACGAUGUUCCUCGAACGACGUAAACCUGGGACACGCUGCGACUGAAUAAUUCACGAUUUAGCAUACCGUAGCGAUGCAAUCGGAAACUGCACAGUUCGGCAUCCGGUGUUUUUAACGGAUAACAACACGAGCGAUUGUUCUUUGACGUUUCAAUUUGAUUUCGAUUUUUUUCAGGACUUACAACAAAUUUCAAAAUUCCUAGAUUGUUUUGAAAAAUUAUGUAGUAUUAAUUAGAUGAAUACAAACAAAAUCAAAUUUCGGGGUAAGAAUUAAAAUAUGCAAUCAAUUUAGAAUUCCUCGAAAAGAAUGGUUUCAAGACAUUCGUUUACGUUUCGUCUGUGUAAGAAAUCUUGUAAUUAUAUAUACUUGAAUUGCGUGAUGCCGCAUCAAUUUGGCGACUACAUUUUUCUAAAGCGCACAUACAUGCGCAAAAUUUAAUCACGAUUUCAAAAAUAAGAAUGAUCGUUUACGAUAAACAGCGAAUUCGAAGGUACGUUAAAAAAUCUCGAAUUUACAUUAUUGAGAUAAUUCCGGCGCGUCGGAAACAUAUGAUAGACAAUAAAAAACAAGAUGCAAGUAUCAAAAAAGAUCGCGCGAUUCUUGAUUUACAUUUUCCGCGACUAACGGAUCUGGAUUUCUUUGAGGAAUGCAUUAAUUGUCGCGUGUAUCCUGAUCGGUGUUGAGAAAUUCCGCUAUACAAAUGCACCGGCUGCGUAAUACUUAACAAUACGGGUCCGCGUACAGAUCUUUUAGUGUUAUAUUACGGCUGUAAAUAUGUCAACUUAUGACGAUGACACCGUCAUAAUAACGAAUAUAACUCGGUUGUAAGGGAGGCCAACAUAAAGCAACUAGUUUACGUACGAAUAAAUUAUCGUUCGCAGAGGUACGCGUAUGCGACGAGUCUGUAAGCGAAUAUUUGCUUCUGGGAUUAAAACGGGGAGUAACUCUUAUAUCAAAAGAUAACAGCUUGAUGUCCACACCGUAUAUAUCUGCGGGAAACCACAGACCAUUCACGAAGACGGGUUUUUCUGCAAGCGAAAUCUUAUCUGAAACUAUACGUUUUCUGUCUUUUCGUGAAGCAGAAAGUUGCCUGAGUCAUAUCUUUUACUUUGUGACGCAUAUAUAAAAUCUCUUUGGGAGAAGAUUAUGAGAAGAUAUUUUUCAACAUAUUUACGAGAAGCUUAAAUAUAGAAUAUUUACCUUUGCUACAUUUUUCCUGUGAUUUAAGGUACGUUCUAUGCGACGUUAUAAAACGAGGAGCAUAAUUAGUUGAAUUUUCCCACGUGAUCGUGACUUGGGCCACUUUCAUCAUCACAAAUAUCGUAGACGAUGUAAAAGCUCGUGGAGAUUUCAUGCGAGCGGUUCCCCCUCCCCCCUCCAUUUGCGCGUCUCUACUUAAGGACAAUUAUAUCAAAUUAAAUCAAAAGCUCGCGAUAUCACGUAUUACUCGCUAAGUUUCAAAAAAAAAAUCUUCGACAGAGGAGAAUCGCUUCCCGUGACACGGUUCGUAGCAUUUCAUCAUGACCAAGCGCGUUGCAACGCAACGCUUCAUUUGAUGAAUGACGAAAGACAUAUCACCGGCCGCGAAUGACAAUUCUUCGAAAUCUGCACGUUUUCGGUAAAGCGUACUGCGCGAAAAUGAAGACGAGAAAAAAGAUAAUGAGGAGAAUUUAAGAAUGUAGCGAGUGGCUGGCAUCGCUGUACACACACCAACACACUAUUACUCACACACAUACAUUCACAUACAUACACAACGGGACCGUUUAAAGUUAAGAACAUUUCUAAAUUUAAUCCGAUUUCCUUCAUCUCGAAUAACCCGUGGUUGAGUAAUCGAGGGCCGCUUUUACAAAAUUCAACACAAUUACAAGACAUUCAGAAUUUUUCAAUUUUUCUCAUUUUACUAAUUGAUUGUUCCACAAUUCACACAGUAUAAUUUAGUUACUCUUCGCGACAUACAAUUCUUAAUUUUUCAGCGACACGUAUGUCUACAGUACGGACGAGAUAAUCUGUUUCCGACUAUUGUUACGCGGAAAAGUUUUCUUCUAAAAUCAUUUCUUCCGACAAGUGCACACUCGCGAAAGUAAGACGGCACUGUCUGAAAGUUUGUAGCGUCGUGAAUGUUGGAGUUUUGUAGAAACGGUCCUCGCAAUUCGGCGCGUGGGUCUCUUCGCUAGUUCUUUCUCCUCUGGGAUCGAUAUGAACCAGUUUUGCCGAGAGCACUUUCUCCUCGCUCUCUCGGGCGUGCAACGCGAGAGUGACCGUAGUUUAAAAACCAGUGAAAAACUUACCUCAGUGACAUAUAACGCAAGAAUCAAACGUCUUAAAAAAAAAAAAAAAAAGAAU